GGCGGCAGCGGGAGAUGCUGUGCUUUAUGCCCGGGGUGGCUGUCGUACCCGCGCUGCUUGUCGGUUGGUCCUCGGCCGCCUUCAUCAUCUCCUAUGUGAUCGCCGUGCUGGCUGGUCACGUCGAGCCGCUCGUCCCCUACAUCAGUGAUACUGGAACUAAACCUCCAGAGAGUGGUAUCUUUGGCUUUAUGAUUAAUAUUUCAGCACUUUUAGGUGCAAUUACGAUGUAUAUCAGAUAUUUAAUAAUAGAGAAGCAAAAUGAAUCAUUGCGCUUUGUUAGGUCUUCAUGCAACAUGUUUUCAUUGUGUAUUGGAUUGACGGGUUGUACUGGAAUGGGCAUAGUUGCAACUUUUCAGGAGCUGUCUGUUCCCAGCGUCCAUGACAUCGGAGCUUUGGUGGCAUUUGGCUGUGGUGUUGUAUACAUAACGCUUCAAUCUAUAAUCUCUUACAAGUCCUGCCCACAAUGGAACACUUAUUUUGUGUGUCAUAUAAGGAUGCUCAUAUCUGUAAUAUCAUGCAUUUUUUUCAUUCCCAUGAUUGUGUUUGCUUCAAGAAUUUCCAUGACAAAAAUUGAUUGGACUCCAAGUGAAAAGGAUUAUACUUACCAUUUCAUGAGUGCAAUCUGUGAAUGGACAGUGGCCUUUGGUUUCAUCUUCUUCUUCUUAACAUUCAUUAAAGAUUUUCAGAGAGUUACUUUAAGGAUAUCAACAGAAAUACACGAAGAUUCCUGAUAGCAGAGAACGCUGUAUUUUGCAUUGAUGAAUAUUUUAUGUUUCUUUUUAUUAUGGAAAACAUUGCAGAGGAGCAGGGAUUUAAAUUCUAUGAAGAACCCACACCAUUAAUUCUGCAACAUCUUCAAAAGCAUCCACCAAAACAUUUUAAAUACUAGCAGCAAUAUUCCUGCUCCCUUUUUGCAUUAUGUUGUAAUUUUUAUAUUGUUUUGUAUAUACAAAAUACUGCAAUAGAAGUAAACUAUAGAAACAUUUAAAAGAUGUGGACUUCCUCAGCUAUUCCCUUCUGGGCAGAGCCAUAGUUUUUUCAUUUGUUAAAGUCUGAUAAGUUGCACUGGUUUUAAACUUGAGAAAAUACAACCUGGAAAUAGUUUGAAAAGUUCAAAGCCAAUGGACAACACUAAAUCUGAACUCCUACUCUUAAGUUGCAAGGACUGUGGAGGAAGCAAAAGCUGGCAUCUUUGUUUCAAGAUUUGGUAUUUGCAGUUAGUUGACUGGAACACUAUACUACAAGUUUUUGAUGGUGGACACAAAUCGUAGAAGUUUUAGCUAUAUUGCUUGAAAAAUGUUUUCUAAUCAUCUCUGCACAAUAUACAUCGUAAAAGUCUAUUCCCUUUUUCCCCUUUUAUGCAUUGCUGGCCACAGGAAGCUCAAAACUAAAGUGGAAUGGGAAGGAAAUUUACAUUUAUGUAAGAUGUACUAAAAAGAAAUCACACUGCUGUUUGGUUAAUACAGAGCAGAAGUUUUUCAGUCUUUGUUUUAAUCUACAAUGAUGGUCUCCAAAAAGUUAUUGAGAAUGAAUGGAAAACAAGAAGAGGCACCAAUAGUUUUCAUGUAUUCAAUUAUAAGCACAUGAGUGUGAUAUACGUAAAGAAAUAAAAAAAAUAAUCCUGGGGAGCUUCUGUGGUUAAGAUACGGCAUAUUUUAUUAAUGCACUCCUGUAAUGAAGUACUCGGAAAGGACAUAACUGAGCAGUCACACAUUACCAAGUAUCUGAAGGCAAAAUGUUCUUUCAUGCGCUGAUUCACUACCUCCACUUAACGCAUUAACCUCUUGGCUACCAAUCAAAUUCUGUGAAAAUUAUAUUAGGUGUGGUGUAUCACCCUUUUUUUUUUUUUUUCAGAAAUAUUGAUGAUUUUCAAUUGUUAAUUUUCCACGAGAUAAAAAAAAUGUUAAUUUUGGAGAGUGAUGCCUUAAGACUAGUCUUCUGUUGGCAUUUCCUUUAAUGGGUAUUUUAAACUGUAAUAAAUUCAUCUGUUUCACAACUUAAAAGCAUCCAUGUUUUCUUAAUAAGCUAUUCCAAAUAAUAAUAUUAAAAAUGUUUUCCUCUGACAGUUUUGAUUUCUACAAUUUUCAAGUUAGCCCGCAGAGGUCUAUAGUUACGAUCAUACUGAAAGUAAAAUCUAGUGUAGAUCAGAUGCAAGACUUAAUGUUUUGUGUGUUAAGGGGCACAUAUUCCUUGGUCUAAAGAUCAGAAAUACUCAUCAGAAACUGUAUACCAACCAUGAAAUGACAUCCUGUUAUUUUCAAAGGCCAAGUUAAGUCUAUAUUUCAUGUUCUCACUAAAAUAUAUGAAAUACUAUUGGUGAUAAGUGGAUGGUUGGACUGGAAUCUUGUAGAUCUUUUCCAACCUGGGUGAUUCUAGAUUCUAUGAUUCUAUGAUAUUGUAUAGUGAAUUGUUCUUUGGCUUUUUAUUCCUAGUUCUCUCAAACUAAAGUAUAAGAAACUUGAAAAUAUUUCAAAUGAGAUCUGAUGUCAUCAGUUUACGAAACUCUGUAAGUGGACAAAAGAUAUCAUGCUAACUUGAAGUUCAGCCUUUAGUAAAGUUUAACACGUUUUUACAGUGAAUUCACUUAUACAAGAAAAUAGUUUCUUUGGGCUUUAUUGACUCAAGUAAGAAUCACUACAAUAUUAUACAAUUUUUAAGGCACAGAGGCAGCAAACACUGAAGAAAACUGAAAACUUUCAAUAAUUCCCAACACAAGGCUCCUGAAAUGAGUUCUUGCUUACUUAAUCUCUUGUACCCCAUCCUCCUCAAAAUAAUUUUAACCAAUCUGUCAACUUUUACAGUGCCUACAGUCUCCUGAGAAGGAAAAAAAAAA